AUGCGCUACACUAAACGAUACGCCUACCUAAAGUCCCAUGUCCGAAAUGUGCCCGAACGAACCAUCAAGUCGAAAUGGUCGACCCUCCCCGAACCCGUGCAGGACAAGGUGCGCGACAUGUUUCGCGCUCUCGAGCGCCCGGUUAUCGUGCGGCACCAAAAUGAGCGAAAGCGGAUUGAGGCACAGGCUGCUGUUCAGGUUGUUGUGAAGAAUCUUGGGAAGAGGCUUCCUAGGAUGCCGUUUCCGCCCGCUACGAAGGAAUCCAGCUUCGAGUACGAAGCGGCACUUGAUGAGCAUCGUUCCCUAGAGGCGAAUCUGGCUACCGUGACGGAUAGCAUGGGACUGCUAAAAGCGGAGAUCGAGAAAGAAGAGGCUCUACUUACCAAGGAAACAAAACAGCUACACGAUAUGGAGAAGAAUGCUAAGCGAGCUGAGACGGAGAGGAAGAGGCAGAUGAAAAAUGAACAUCCUGUACUCCGACACCUUGACAAUCUGCCUGAGACUCAGGACCCGAAGCCUGCCGAAUUCACCCUUGCAGAUACGAAAGAUAGCGAGGCAACCUUUUCUGAGCUGGAAUCCGACCCGGAAGUCCAAAGUUUACUGAAGCAGCUGACUGGUCAUCUGCAAUCCAUGCAGACCAACACAGCCCCUCUUACUGGUCUCAAGGAUGCGGUCAAACGGUCACAGACAGCUCUGACUCUGCUCCCGAUGCCGGAGGAUUGA